AUGAAUUUGGAAUCUUUCUCCAAUGAAUUAUUGCUUGAUCUAUUUGAAUAUCUUCCUGUUGUUUAUCUUCUUCGAGCCUUUUAUGAUCUUAAUUUUCGUUUUAAUAAUUUGAUUUUGAUUCAUUUUCAACGGUUUGAUCUCAAUUUUCGAUCAAUAUCUCAAUAUGAUUUUAAUCUUAUUUGUCGCCAAUAUCUUCCAGCUAUAGCCGAUUGUAUAAGUUUCUUAACUCUUUCAAAUGAUGAUGAUACACCACAACAAAUCGAUCUCUUUCUUGAACAUGGUUUAACUAUUUCUCAAUUUAUUAAUUUAAAAUCACUUUCAUUAUGUGAUCUUUGUUGUGAUGAGAUAAUGAUCAAAUUGAUGUUAGAAUGGAAAUAUCUUGUAAAUUUAACUCAUUUAACUCUUGCUGGUUGUUAUCUUAAAUUCGAUCAGAUCAAUGCUCAACGAUUAAUUGAUAGUAUUUGGAAUUUAUCUAAAUUGAUUUAUUGUUAUUUAAAUAUUAGUUUUGAUGAAAACAAUAUUCUUGUACCAACAGUCAUGUCUUCAUCAUUGAAAUAUGUAUUCAUUUGGGGUAUUGAACAUUGUCAAAAUGAAAUCAAUGCUUUAUUUAAACAAACACCUUGUCUACAAUAUUUUUCUAUUCUACUCAAUAUUGAUUCGAAUGAUAAUAAUGAUGUAGAAUAUCCUUUUUUAUCAAUUACUAAAUUAAAACUUUAUUUAUCUCGAAUACAAGAAGAUAGAAUUAUAAAAUUCUUACAAAAUAUGCCAAAUUUAUAUCAAUUAAUUGUUGAUAUAUGUUGUCUUGAUCAAGAUUAUACAAAUGCAAUUUUAAAUGGUUAUCAAUGGAAAAAAAUUAUUCGUAAUAAUCUACCUAAUCUUCAUAUAUUUCGAUUUAGAAUGGAAUUUCAAUUAACUAAUGAAAAUAAUCGUGAACAACACAUAGAUGAACUAAUUAAUUCAUUUCAAAGUUCAUUUUGGAUUAAAGAACAUAAUUGGUUUAUUCAAUGUCAUUGGAAUUCAAUGAAUAGUUCUAGUUCAAUUUAUUUAUAUACAUUACCAUAUAGUUUUGAUGAUUUUAAUUUUAAUUAUUCAAUGAAAUUUAAAUCAACUUAUCCUAAUAAUAAUAAUAAUUAUAUGCACUACAAUCAUGUACAUAGUCUUAAAUAUGAUAUGUCACCAAUCGAAGAAGUAUUUUCAUCUUCUAUUCAAUUUUUUAAUCUUCAGACAUUAUUUGUAAAAUUUCCUGUUAAUGAUCAUUUUUGGUCUUUGAUACCAAAAUUUAAUCAAUUAACUUCACUUAUUAUCUCAAUAAAUGAUGAUAAUAAUAUUCAAUCUCAAUUACAAUUUUUACUUGAUCAUACACCUUGUUUGUAUUCAUUAAGUUUUAGUUCAUGUUCAUCAUCAUUUCUUCCACAAAUAUUACCAUUCGAAUUUCGAAAUAAAUCAAUUCGUCGACUUGAUUUACGAGGAUAUGAUCAAUAUUUUAAUGAUGAACAAUGUCUUAUAUUAAGUCAUUCAUCGUUAGGUAUUCAAUGUGAAAUUCUUUUCAUUAAAAUUCAAAAUUAUCAAAUAUUACUUAAUAUUGUGAACAAUAUGAUUAAUCUUCGUACUUUGAUUAUUCAAUGUGAAAAUGAUAAAUUCAAUGAAACAAACAAUGAUGAACUUAUUGUUUGGUUAAAAGAUCAUCUACCAUCGACAUGUAUUAUUAGUAGAGAUUUAAUUUUUUAUUGUGAUAUUAGAAUAUGGAUUCGUUAA